AUUCCUUAUUUAAUGACUCUGUUUUUGCACUCCCGAGUACAAUGAGAGUAAGAAAUGAAAAAAGCCGAAAACUAGCUAUAAAAGAGUUUGCUUCUUUAGGAAUUCAUUUUAAGUGUCUUCAUUUAUCUGAGUUCACUAUGGCAUCAUCAUUUUUCAGUCAAACAAGAGUUAAAACAUACAAAUAUGCAUGCGUCUUCUUCGAUGAAGAUAAAUGUAUUGGUUCUGUCAAAACUAAAGAUAUUGUAAAUAGGGAAGAAAAGUUACUGAGCGUUGACGACAAUGUAUUUGUGCGAUGGGGUAGCGGAAAGAAUGUACAAAAUCACAAAGCUACAAUUUUAUUUCUAAACAAUGAAUGGUCAAAUUGCACACAGUUUGAAAGAGAUUGGUUGAACAACGAGAAAACAUUUAUCAUCGAAGAGGUCGGAGAAAAAAAAAAAGAAGAAAAAAUAAAAAACAUUAAAAACAAUAAAAAACGGACAACAGGCGAAACAUUAGUAAAACCUCAGAAGAAGUUCGUCAAAAAGGAUAGUGCAGCUGUUGAUAAAAGACAACCUUCAUUAGUAGAAAUAAAUUACAAAGUCCCACAACUAAAUUACCAAGUUGAUUUUAGUGAUGUUUUACGAGAACCGCGGAAGGCACAAAAUGGUAAAGUAGAAAACACCGCCGAAGAACCGCCAAAGGAUAAAGUGGAAAACACCGCCGAAGAAACGCCGAAGACGCAAAACGAUGAAGUUGAAAACACAUUCUCCUUUCUAAAGUUAUUGGUUUCACCUGGAAAACCACUGCCAUCAUUUUCGCCACCUACUUCGACACUAUCCACUUCUAUUCUUCCCGACCUACCUUUUUCUCCGCCUUCACCAGCCAGACCUCUGCAAUCAACACCUGCCGUUAGAACAACACUUUUUCCGAAUUAUCCCGAGCAAACAAAGCAGUGCACGUGCGAUUGUGCUGCUAUGCGACAAAUCAUUGAAAGACUAGAAAAGCGACUAGCUGCGUUGGAAGGGAAUGCAAUUGCCUUAUCCGCAAACUUUAUCGACGACAGUGACGAAGCAUUACCUUCAGUCCAGGGGUUGUCUCCACUAAAGGCGAUGCAGAGGACGAAUAUUGAUGAUGACGAUUUUCAAAUAAAUGAAAGAUUAAAUAGAAAAAAAUACAAGGUGGACACAGCUCCUACUAUAGAAAUUCCGACCGAAUUCUGGCCGAUAGCCAAUGAAGUGAGACAAGGGGCGACAUCUUUCAAAAACUUUAGCUAUCUGUUGCUGGCUAAAUUAUUUGACCACAAGGAGCUUGUAGGAAGAAAUUGUCGAGGAGUUAAAAAACCUGCGAUUGAUGGCUACAAACAAGAUAUUGUUAAAGCUUUUUGUUGGAAGUUUUAUCCAACCAACAUGGCUGCACCGGGUGCAUGGAGGGACUGUCAACGUGCAAUUGAUGAAUUUAUACGACGUAGCAACAGAACAAAGAAAAAUUAUAAAUCAUGCAUGUUGCAGUCAUAAAACUCUUUCAGUUAAUAACUUUUUUGUAAAUAUUUUUUUAGAUGUAAAUAUUUUUUAUUUUUAGAUUUUUUUAAAAAAAUAUAUCAUUAAACAUUAAA